CCCCAUUCGUUUCUCUACCUGCAAACACAACACCAAUGGCCGAGACGUGCAUAGUCUGCCUCGGCGAUCUCGUCCCCCGAGACGACGGCCCUGCCGCCACGCCGUCAGCACCACCACCGGCGCCCACCCGCCAUGAGCACGCCGCUGAUGGCCUGCCCCAGCACCACGCCAAGGACAAGGACGUGGCGGUGCCGGCAGUCCACGACGAGGAAAUGGUGGCCCACCUGCUGCCCUGCGGCCACGACCUGCACAACAAUUGCCUCAAGCCCUGGGUCGAGCGAGCGAACAGUUGCCCUAUAUGCCGAGCCAGCUUCAACUUGGUCGAGCUCAGCGCAUGCGUUGGAGGCCCUAAACUAUCAGAGUACACUGUCCAGGACAAGCAGCAGGUCGCGGACAUCGACCCGUCUAUGAUUAUCGAGGAAGAUUACACGCUGGAGGAUGACGGGAGCUACGACGCCUGCAUGGUCUGCGAUGAGUUUGGCGAUGCAUCCCAACUCAUGUACUGCCACAGCUGCGAGCAACUGUGCCACGUCUUUUGUGCUGGUCUUGACCGGAUGCCCACGCGCGGUCCCUGGUACUGCCAGGGCUGUGUGGAGAACCCUAGUUUGCUCGAGGCUGCGUCCCGGCGACGACCUGCCAUUCGAGGCCCGGCUGCAUGGGUCAAUGGCCGGAGCCGCGUGCCCCGUCACAACCAAGCCCCUGACGACUGGGUCGGAGUCUGGCAGAGUGUCUGGGACCGCCUGCAGUUCGAUAUUGAAUUUCCUUUUGAUGAGGACGAGCAAUCGGAAAACCAGUCCGACGUUACACGCCGCGAGGAUCGCAGGUGGGAGGAACGCAUGCGUGUAGCCCGCCGGGCCGGGGCAGCCAACCGGUUCCAGAUUGUCACUGACAACCUGGUGACGGGCCGACGUCGCAAUUCCAGCAUCGCAACACGGCCCGCAAACCGCACAUUGCAUCGCGAACCCCCAAAGACGCCAAAGGACCCAGAGUCACAGGAAGAACUACGCGCAUGGAACCAGUUCGAAAAGGCCCGCGAACAGCUUGCCCAGGCCGAAGCACAAACGGCGCCCAGUGUGGCUAGCACGAGCAGUCGCCGGGCACGCAAGCGAAAGUCUAUUGACUCGUCCGCUGCAGAAUCUGAGCCUCGCGAGCAAAAGCCGGAACGCAAGCUGAAGCGACCCCGGACACGUAUGCAUGUUGAAAACGGAGAGUCGUCGGCAGCUGCAGCUCGUCGUAAUACGGUUACGCAUACACCUGCAGCGGCGGCGUCUUCCCCGGCUGCUCAAAACGGCGACACAACUGCCCCCGCACCAGGCUUUCUGCAGUCGCUUUUGCAAGAAGUUGAGGUUGAUAGGUUUGCCGAGCGCGAUAAGGAGAUCGCCGCCCCUCAGCCCCGGCGCAUCAUCGUUGAGCGUGCCUGCUCGCCUCAACACUCAUCACCUGGACUAUCGCCCGUCUAUCACAAGCCCCCUGGCAUGACCACACCACCCCCGUUGAACCUCACCCGCACCGUGUCGCCUGCGCAAAAAGACCAGCAACUGUCGCCCACUUAUUCGCCAUACUCGCCUGCAGACGAUGAUCGUGCUGGUCGUCGUAAGCUCGCGCAUCGGUCGGGCGGCCUUAGCAGCCCACCCCGCUCCAAAGACUCGUCGCCUACCCGUCCCGCGCUCUCAUAUUCAACCAAGGCCGAGUUGCAGCGCAUGGUGACGGCCGUCUUGAAGCCGCUGUACCUAAAGAAGGAGGUUUCGAAACAGGAGUACACGGAUGUGAACCGCGACGUGUCACGCUUGUUAUACGAAAAGGUUGGGGAGGCUGGCGCGGAUGCGCUUGCAGACCAGGACACGAGGGAGAAGUGGCAAAAGAUGGCUACCAAUGAGGUUGAAAUUGCUGUAAAAGCGCUACCGCGCAAUCAACCGGGGGCGCUCUCGCCUGCUGCCGACGACUCUGCAUCUUCGUCUUCAUAGUUUGAUUUUACAUUGCGCUGGGACAUGGCGGGGCGUCUUUUUGAUUGGUACCAUAGCGGGUGUUUUUGGAAAGCACGGAAUCAUGAUACCAUGGGUUUUUUUGAAUUUUUUUUGAAUACUAUAUUCUCUUCAUUUUCU